CGAGAGGAAUAUGCCGAUCCCGAAGACGAUCCUGCCGCCGAAACGGUCAGCCAGAAGCCCACCAGGUGGCGCUGUACCACGGACGGUGUCUACUGAGCGGGGGCGAAUUAUCAACGGCGUGGACGCAGCCCCAGGAGAGUUCCCUUUCCAGCUGUCGGUGCAACUUGAUUUUCUCGGCACCUACAUUCACGCCUGUGGCGCGUCUAUCCUCAACGAGUUCUGGGCUGUUAGCGCGGCCCACUGUUUCGAAAUGGGUGGCUACUAUGCGAUCCUAGCAGGAACAACCAGUCUCGUGCAGGGUGGUUCCAUGAUAAACAUCAGUGAGACUAUAAUCCAUCCUCAAUACGACAGUUCUAAUUCCUGGAUCAACGACAUCGCCUUAAUCAAGGUAGCGACACCUUUUGUCCUGGACGGCACCACGAUGGGAACUGUACAGCUUCCAGCGCAAGGACAGGAGACUCCAGAGGGCUCCAGUGUCACUGUUAUCGGCUGGGGUACAACCUCCUUCGGUGGAAGCUCUCCGGCUGAGCUGCAGAAAGUGGACAUCGUGGUGUGGAACCAGGAGCUAUGCUCGUCUCUCUACUGGGACGGCUUCGAGUACCCGGUCUACCCCACCAUGAUCUGCGCAGGUGGCGUCGAGCAGCAAGCUGGCUCCUGCAGUGCUGAUUCUGGAGGGCCGCUGUUCCACGAGGGAGUCCUGGUGGGCAUCGUGUCGUGGUCCUACAACUGCGGCGAGCCACCCUAUCCAGACGUAUUCACGCGCGUGUCCAGCUAUGUGGACUGGAUCAACCAGUACAUCACCGCCUAACAAUGGCUGUGGGUCGCUUCCUGAUUACAGCAAAGUUUUAAUGUAUUACGUAUGCCAUCUUGUCAUAAGUACAAACAU